UCCUAGAAGGAAACAAAAAAACGUACAAGCCGGAGGAAAUACAGUUGAGAGAGAGAGAGAGAGAUGGGACCUCACCCCACCCCAGGAGGAGUCGUCCUCAAAAUCAAAGACGGUAUUGACUGAAGCGACCCCCCCGUAGACUUUUAGGCUUAUACAGUAAAAUAUGAUAUACUCCGUCUUUGAUUCUUCUGUACCAUCAAACAGGAUCUUCUGUCUCUAGCAACUACUAAGUAAAGAAAAAGAGAGAAACUCUCAAGAAAGGCAACUCACUCUCUCCUUCUCCUUCUUCUUAUCCACCAUCUAACACGCUAUCAUAUAUUCCCUCUUUUUUCUCGGUCUUUCUCUUUCCCAUUACAACAACCAAAUAACUCACAGCGCAGACUACUGUGUACUUGUACAUGGAGAGAAAUCCAAAUCCAAAUCCUAAUCCUAAUCCUAAUCCUAUUCCGCCAGCUCGGUCCAAGAUGAUGAGGCAGUCGUCUCUGGCGCCGGAGGGUGAGGAAAAUGCGACGGCGACUUCAACUGAUGGGGCGGAGGCGGAGGAGGCGAUUGAUUCUAGAGUUGGACUGAUGUACUUGGCCAACGAGGGUGACUUGGAAGGGAUCAAAGAGCUUCUGAACUCCGGCACCGACGUCAAUUUCCAAGACAUCGAUAAGCGAACCGCUUUGCACCUCGCUGCCUGCCAAGGCAGCACCGAUGUCGUCCAAUUAUUGCUUGAUCACAACGCCGUCGUUGACGCCAAGGACCGCUGGGGCAGCACGCCUCUUGCAGAUGCAGUGCACUACAAAAACCAUGAUGUUAUCAAACUUUUGGAGAAACAUGGUGCAAAGCCUCCGAUGGCUCCCAUGCAUGUGCAAAAUGCUCGCGAAGUCCCAGAAUAUGAGAUUGAUCCUAGGGAGCUUGAUUUUUCUAACAGUGUUGACAUAACAAAGGGAACCUUUCGCAUUGCAUUAUGGCGUGGAAUUCAAGUUGCUGUUAAAACUCUUGGGGAGGAAGUCUUUAGUGAUGAUGAUAAAGUGGAGGCAUUUAGGGAUGAGUUAGCACUACUUCAGAAAAUACGCCAUCCAAAUGUUGUCCAAUUUUUGGGUGCUGUAACCCAAAGCAGUCCGAUGAUGAUUGUCACGGAAUAUUUACCCAAGGGGGAUUUUUGUACUUAUUUGAAAAGAAAACGUUCCUUAAAGCCAAUAGUAGCUGUGAAGUUUGCACUUGACAUUGCUAGAGGAAUGAAUUACUUGCAUGAGCAUAAACCUGAAGCAAUAAUCCACCGAGAUCUUGAGCCUUCAAACCUACUGCGGGAUGAUUCUGGACAUCUGAAAGUUGCAGACUUCGGGGUCAGCAAGCAGCUGAAAUUUGCAAAUACUGUUAAAGAAAACCGACCUAUAACUAGUCAAGACGCAUCUUGGCGAUAUGUGGCUCCAGAGGUUUAUAAAAAUGAGGAAUAUGAUACAAAAGUGGAUGUAUUCUCUUUUGCUUUGAUCUUGCAAGAGAUGAUUGAAGGGUGCCCACCAUUUUCUACAAAUCCAGAAAACGAAGUUCCUAAAUUAUACGUCUCAAACGAGCGCCCACCAUUUAGAGCUUCCACCAAGCAGUAUGCACAUGGAUUAAAAGAGUUAAUUCAGGAGUGUUGGAGUGACGAACCAUUCAAGAGACCAACAUUUAGGCAAAUAAUUGCGAGGUUGGAUGUCAUUAAUAACCAACUUGCCCAAAAUAGGCGCUGGAAGAUUGGGGAUCUUAACUGUUUUCGGAAUCUUGAGGCCUUUAUGAAGAGGAAUCGUUUAAAUCCAAGCAUCCGAUCAUCUAGCUCCACAAUCAGAUGAGUAAUAAUUGCGUUAAUGUGUGCAGAAUUUCAGUUCUUUACCAGCGUGAAGUGAGGAAGCUUUCUGUGGCAGGUUUCUGUUGUGCAAAAGUACAUACUGGUUUGACUUGAUUUCAUCUCACUUGUUAAACAAUGUCUUUCUCGCAUAUUGAGUUUAUUCUUUUGGGCCAAGGACUACAAUUUAGACAGACAUAGAUGCAUGACAGGAUCACAGUUGCUACAUAUUGGAUCCCGCCUACUCGAUUGCUCGUCUGAAGAACCCGACUUUUCUUAUGUUCUCAUGAAUCUAUCUGAACUUAUGGUUGAGUGGAAGUUUGUUACUUUAAUUGGUUCUAGAUGUUAAUUAAGGUGUAGAACUUCUGGGAUCUGUCCAAUGAAACUUAUGCUUCAGGUGAUUUUGAUUGUUCAACUUUGGUACAGAGCCUUCAAUUGGAUGGUAAGGCAGAGCAGUGUCAUUGCAGUUUACCAAAAAUCUCAGUCAAGAACAGGACAUCAGGAGCCCCACUUUCCUUGUCUGUUCCUUUAUCAAUCUUUUUCUUUGGUGCAAUUUUACUUGAAGUGUUCCCGGUGAUAAGUGACUUGAACGAUUCAAAACCUGAAUGAAUGAUAAGUAUGAUAAGUUGAUAGUAUGAGAUUUUCCAAUAUAUGUAAUUUGUAUAUUGUUUUC